CAAAUACUCGUCAACACACCUGACUUGGAAGUGACAUGAAGAAAGUCUCUAACUUUAUUCCGAGAUGCGAGGUGUCACUCUUUCAGAGAGCUGUUUCAACUCGACGCAUUGAGCAGCGGGAGUUUGAAGACCUUGUCAAGCAGGCUUCGAAAGGACAAUCAGAUAAUUCCACCCCACGAGGUCCGAUGAAAGAGACAUUUUUAAACGAGGGGGUCCACCCAGAUGCCCCGAGGCGUCCGAAACCCGAGUUUGAAGGUGAUGUGAAUCCAGUGACCGGAGAACGAGGUGGUCCGAAGAUAGAGCCAGUCAAGCACAACGACUGGAGUAAUUCUGGAAGAGUGACAGACUUCUAAAGUUGAUGAUAAAACCACGAGUUCAGUUCAUUUCCAUGAACCCAUCCAGAAACUUGGGCUGCUGUACAUGCGCAAAAAUGGGUUAUAAUAGAGCAAUUGAAAGGCUACUGUGCUGUGGUGAUAAGUUGCAGUCGUUGUAGGCGUGGGUAUCAUGCAGAAUCGUAUUUGUAUUUGUACUUGUGUACGCCGAACGCGACGGGCAGGUGGUGAACACGGC